AUGUCCGUCUACAUCUACGUCUCCUACCCGCGCAAAGAAGGCGCCACCUUCAACAUGGACUACUACCUCACCACCCACAUGAAGAUAGUCGACACCCACUGGCGUCCCUACGGCAUGAAAUCCUGGUCCGUCGUCGAAUUUCCACCCAACGACCCCUCCGGCAUGCACGUCCAAGCCAUCAUGCUCUGGGACAGCGUCGAGGCGUUCGAGAAAGCCAUUGCGGCGAACAUCCCGGAAGUGAUGGAGGAUCUGCAGUACUAUUCGAGCGAGCCGCCGGUGAGGUGGUAUGGGAACGUUGCGAAGACUAGUGGGGAGGGGAUUUAG